AUGGCAGCGCAAACAAGGGAGAUAACCAUAGCAGUCACUAAAAACGUUUCAGAAAGUAUCAACGAAAAAUUAUCAACCCUUAUAGAAGAAAAUAAAAACCUAAAGUUGCAAGUUCAGUCCCUAGAUGAUAAAAUUAAGUUAAUGGAUGAACAGAAAAGAAGAAACAAUAUUAUCUUCUUUGGGAUAAAAGAGGAACAACACCGCGAGUCUCCAAUGGAAACUAUUAUAAACUUGCUUGGAAAAAAUAUGAAUAUUCAUAUCAACUCAACUGAAAUCAAUAACGCUUAUCGGUUAGGCAAGAAGGAAAAUAAUACUCCUCGUCCUAUUCUUGUAACCUUUACUACAUUUUGGAGAAGAAACGAAGUCCUCAAGAACAAAAAGAAACUAGGCUUGGGCACUUAUGUCAAAGAAGAUCUCAGCAAAGAAACUUUAGAAAUGAGGAAACAGCUUCUGCCACAACUAAAGGAAGAAAGGGCAAAGGGAAAUAUCUGUUAUUUUGUCAAAGAUAAGAUAGUUACAAAAGAGCCAAAAGAAGAUAAAAUCGACAAAAGGAAAAGAUACCGCAGUGAUUCACCAGAAAAACUGCCAAUGGAACCAACCACACUACAUAGCACGAGGCAGAUCCGCGUCAUUGUCACUACCUUCAAGCCCAAAAAACACCCUAUAGACACCGGCAACAGGAAAACCAAACAUAAAAACAAAAACUAUUUACCCAACGAAACAACCAACACCCCAAGACGGCUGGUCACCGCGGGGGAAAGCGACCACUACCCUCCUAACAUUACCCCUAAACGCCAAACGAAUACUUUGAAAGAUAAAAAACAGCAAAAUAACAAAAACAUCCAUAUUGCAACAUACAAUACACUUUCUCUACGGUCCGAAGAAAACUUACAAGAACUUAUAUACUCCUUACAAGACAUCAAGUGGGACAUUAUUGGAUUGAGUGAAGUAAGAAGAAAUGGUGAAGCUAUUGUGGAGUAUGGUCAAUUCAUACUAUACUACAAAGGUGAAACUCCGGGAAGACAUGGUGUGGGAUUCUUAAUUAAGAAAGAACUCAAAAACCUUAUUAUUGAAAUGAUUGGAAUAUCUGAAAGAAUUGCCAUAUUGAACACGAAAAUCCCGUCAAGCAAAGAAGUAUGGUCUAUUGUGCAGAUAUACUCACCAACUGAACAAUCCACAAAAACAGAAAUUGAUACAUUCUACUCGUCCCUCAAUAUCGCAAUUAAAGAGCACACUCACAAAAACUGUAUAAUAAUGGGCGAUUUUAAUGCACAAGUUGGAACUCCAAGAAAUGGUGAAGACAUCGUUCUAGGCCCUUACAGUUACGGCAAAAGAACAAGAAAUGGACAGAAACUAAUGGAAAUGGCUUUCGAAAACAAUAUGACAAUACUUAACAGUCAAUUUAAAAAACGAACUUCCAGGAGAUGGACAUGGAUAUCGCCAGAUGGCCGGUAUAAAAACGAAAUAGACUACUUCUUAACGAAUAAACCCAAUUUAUUUGAGGAUUGUGGAACCAUCACAAACUUAAAUUUUAAUAGUAACCAUAGAAUGAUUAGAGCUCGUUUGAACGCACCGUUAGCCAAAAAACGUCGACCAUUCAAAGUAAAACCUGCAAUGCCAAACAACAAAGCAAGAAUAGCUGUCAUCGAAACAAAUCUCAACUCUGUUACAGAAGCAUCCCUGCAAUACUUGACUACUCAAGAAAAAUACAAUAUCUUACAUGAAAUACUUACAGAAAGACCGGAGAACACCGAGAGCAAACCAAAAGAUAAAGGACACAUAUCAAAAAAAAACAUACGAACUCCUAAACCAGAGGUCCGACCUAAUUAA